AAAAAACCUCCCAUGCUGCCUUCAGAAGUGUCCGUAGUUAGCACAAAUAACUAUUAAAUUCCAGGUUUUAUGUGGUGUAACAGUUUCCUAGAGGCCGAUAUAUUAUGGUUUAAUUGGUUUAUUUAAUCUUUUUUUAGACAGCUACGUGUAAACUACAAUCAGUUGUUACGUUAUUUUUAUUUUCCUCGUGCUACUACUGGCUAAUUGUGUAGCGGUCAGCAACAGUACUCCGUGUCACAGCGUUAGUGCUUUAUUUUACUGCGCUCUGCUUCUCCUGCCUAAGGGACCUUAUGUUUAUCCGUUUUCACACUUUUCUCACACUGUCUUCCGGCCGACUGCAUAUUUUUUCAGCAAGACCUUUAAGCCGAGCCUGGCCGCUCCACAGCAGGAUGGAGUCGGCGGUAGUGAGAUGUCUCCCCGGGGAGCCCAAACUCACCAUCUCCUUUAUUUUGGGCGGCAGUCAAAAACACAUGCAACGGGACCAGGACGAGCCUCUGGGCAAAGCGCUGACACGGAUCUCCCACAACUUCGCCAAGGAUCAGAGGAAAGCUAAGAAGUCAAAGAAGCAUAUGGAUCAACAGGCUAGUGAGUCCCCGGAGGUCACCCCGGUCAAGCUCAUCUACGAAGGGCACGAGGUUGCGGAGACGGUGCUCAACUCGGAUGCUUGGCAGGACGGAGCCGUGCUGCAGGUGGGAGAUGUCCAAUACUCCAUACAAAGAAACGCACCGUCCUUCAUCACAGCCGAGCUGCCGGUGUCCAUGCUGGCCGAUUUUCCCGUCUGCCCUAAACUGGAGAUGGAGUUUGGGAACCUGCAAGAGUGCGACUUCUCCUGGUUCAAAGAAAAAUGCACGCAGACAAGCCCUGAAGCUGCUGAGACCGAUGCUCCUCAGGAUACAGAUUGGACUCAGGUAGGAGUUGGGAGAGUCUACGUUCCAACCAAUCAGGACAUUGGGUGCAGGCUUAAACUGCGGUGCACACCUAAAGAUGGAAGUCGCAGCGGCUUGGCCAAAGAGCUGGUCUCUGUUGGAGCAGUGGAGGCUGGACCGGGCAUGUGCACGUUUGACAACAGACACAUAUACACAGUCAAAGAGACGGAGUGGCCGACCAUGAGGGUGGUGUCCUACAACAUCCUCGCAGAUAUCUACGCCCAGACAGAGCUGUCUAAGACUGUGCUUUAUCCCUACUGUGCUCCCUACGCCCUUCAGCUCGACUACAGGCAGAACCUGAUUAAAAAGGAGCUGGCUGGUUAUAAUGCUGACAUCAUCUGUCUGCAGGAGGUGGACAAAGGGGUAUUUGUGGACAGUCUAAUGCCAUCUUUGGAUGCUUUUGGUCUUGAAGGUGUCUUUAGAGUCAAAGAGAAGCAGCAUGAAGGACUGGCCACAUUCUAUCGCAGGUCAAAAUUUCAGUGUUUGAGCAGCCAUGACAUCAUGCUCAGUGAGGUCUUGACCUCUGACCCCAUUCAUUCAGAGCUGCUGGAGAUGAUUUCUAAGAACAGUGUCCUGAAGGACAAGAUCCUGCAGAGAUCAACCACACUGCAGGUCACUUUGCUUGAGGAUGUGAGAAGACCAGAUAGGAAGAUUCUUAUUGCCAACACUCACCUGUACUGGCACCCAAAAGGUGGGAAUGUCCGCUUGGUUCAGAUGGGCGUGGCUCUCAAACACCUAAAUCAUGUGAAGGCGGCAAUCGCACCUGAAGCUCCUUUAAUUUUCUGUGGAGACUUCAACUCCUCCCCUGACUCUGGUGUGUUCCAGCUGGUCACAGAGUCUCUGAUUCCACAGCAGCACCCAGACUGGAGUAGCUCAGAGCCAGAGGAGUCAUGCAGGAUGAAGCUGAUCUCUGGCUUUCCUCCGAUGCUGAGUGCCUGUGGUCGACUGGCUUACACCAACUAUGUGGGCGGAUUUCACGGCUGCCUGGAUUAUAUCUUCCUCCAACCCGAAAGCAUGCAGGUGGAGCAGAUGAUUCCUCUGCCUACCCAUCAGGAGGUCACCACCUAUGAGGCUUUGCCCAGUGUGGCUCAUCCCUCUGACCACAUUGCCCUUGUCUGUGACCUGCACUGGAGCCCCUAACCUCUGACCUAUAAUUUCCAGACACCUGGAUGUAAGAUGGCAGAAAAAACCCCAGUCUUACUUUUUUAUUUAUAUUUUAAUGAAAUCAGAGUGUGAGAACAGAAUCCCCCAUCUUUGGAGGAAAUUUAUGAAUUAUGGACUGUCAAUGAACAACACAAGUCAAUGUUGUUGUAACUAAACAUUAUUUAUGAGUCCAUUAUAUAAAACAAUAUUUUUAUCACUGAUAUUUAGUGAUGAAUUAAUAAAAUAUGAUUUAACGGAUUGUAUAGUCCUGUGUUUUUUAGUUAAACAGUAUUUAUUUUGAGUUCAGAGCAUUUAGAUAUCUAAUGCUAUUAUUAUUGGGAAUUAUAGUCAAUUCAUUGUAUAAACUGUAUUUGAUGGGUGCGGACAUCCGCCUACCAUCGCCACGCUGUUUUUCUCUCAUUGGGCAGAAGGGAAGGGGAGGCGGAGCCAGUGCGGAACUUCCCACUCGGUCAUAAUUGAGGGGAGUAAAGAAAGUUUAUAUUUACGAUAAAUCAACCGUGCAUAUAUGAAAACAAUACUGUAUUUAUAUUAUAUUAUUAAAAGUCUUUGAAUUCAAAA